AUCCGUCCUACUCAGGCCUGGAAAUCUGGGCCCGGGCGGGGCGAACCUGGAAGUGGCUAGGCUCCGCUUUGCAUAGCAAUACGCAGCUGUGCAUAACCAAUGCAGGUAGGCAUUUAAAGGCGCCACCGCCGCCAAAGCCAGACUUUCUAGUUAACCCUGCGCGGAGUCACCCUUCACUAUGACCUUCCUGAUCGCCCUGGCUUUGCUUCUCGUUGGCCCUGCGGCCCCCACGCGAGUCCUUCCGACCCAGCAAGGUAACUUUUCCUGGGAAAACUGUGACGAAAAGGACCCUGCCGUGAUCAAAAGCCUGACACUGGAACCCGACCCCAUUGUCAUUCCUGGGAAAGUGGCUGUCAGUGUUGAGGUCAAGACCAGUGACCCCCUUGAGACUCCUCUGAAGGUGGUAUUAACUGUGGAGAAGGAAAUAGCAGGCUUGUGGGUCAAGAUCCCAUGUGUGGAUCAGAUAGGCAGCUGUACCUAUGAAGACUUCUGUAAUGUGCUCGACAAUUUCAUUCCCCCUGGAGAGGACUGCCCUGAGCCCCUUCACUCCUAUGGUCUUCCAUGCCACUGUCCUUUCAAAGCAGGCACCUACUCACUGCCCAAGUCUGAUUUCACCUUGCCUGACCUGGAGCUGCCCAGCUGGCUCAGCAGCGGGAACUACCACAUCGAGAGCAUAGUGAGCAGCAAAGGCAAGCAUCUGGGCUGCGUCAAGAUCACUGCCUCUCUCAAGGGCAAAUAAUGUGGUACCAGCCACAGCUGAAUAAUGGAAUAUGGCGAAGGUGUCUCUUUUCUCUGUUUUGCAUUUGUCCAGGCUGAAUUCUGACUCCGUCCCCGUUCAAGUCCUUUUCUGUACUGAUUCUACUACCCUUGUUGAAAAUCAUUUUGUGCCUUUAGGCUGGGGCAAACCAUGGCUACCAAUCAUUCUGAUUUGAAGCCCUGCUGAGAAUUCGCAUGUCUAACAAGUUCCCAGGCGAUGCUAAUGCUGCAGAUUAGGGACCAAUUCUGAGAGCCACUAGUAGAGCAGUGGGUCUCAACAUUUAUUAUUCAUAAGAAUCACCUGGUGAUCUUGUUAAAAUAUAGAUUCUGAUUCAGCAUAUUUGGGUGGAAAUGCAAAUUGUCAGCAGGGGUUAAAACCAGCACGAACCGGUUUGAAGCCCUGGAGCAAACAGCCCUGGCUGAAGAGAGGAUGAGCCUGGCACUUUUUGAGAGCCCAGGACAUCUGCUGGGCUGGCCACUUCCCUUUCCACCCCACCCCCAGGGCCUUCUCCCUGAGAGCUUUGCUCAUUUCUUAAAUAGUCCAGGAAUGGGGACGCACAUGCCAUGGAACCCCAAGUUCAGACUGACCCAAUCUCUUGAAGUCCUUUUAUAGCUUUCUUAUUUGUUUUUCAUUUUUUUGUCAGUGACUUAAAAGCAGAGCAAGAGUAUUAACAUUUUGCAUUUUACUCUAAGCCCCUCUUAUAACGAAACGGUUGAUUCAGUCUGUUCUUUGACUAACUUCUGUGGUUCAGUAGCCUUUUCCAGGUUUGUCCAACUAAUACUGGGCAUGCUGUACCCUGGAGAGGCAGGGCAUGUGUGGUGGAGGAUCCCUUGGAGGAGAUAUUUAAAGAUGCUCUAUGUGUUUAAAGUAGAGUUUGCAAUCUCAGGUGCCUGCAGGGCCAAGCGAGAGACAUAAACAAGUGGCUAAGGCCAUGAGAAACAUGUCACUUUCCAUGUGUGUCUUCCCUUCUCCAGUUUUGAUAGAGACUUGGGAACAAUAAACGUUUCUUAAACUAUAGGAGAAAUAACAGCACACAUGCACUGAUACCAGACAGCCAGCACCCAGUCUUGAGAUGGGAUAUAAUCAAGAAUGGUAAGGGCUAGAGUAAGUUGGAGAGGACACGGUCAGUCCGUGGGGGCACCUGCUAUCUAGCUAUAAGCCAGUUAGUGCCACAUGAGAAUGUAGGCCCAGUUUAGCCAGACAUUCUCAAUUUUGUUCCCUAGAGAAGCCAAACAUUUAGACUUUUAUAUGAAAUCUUGAAAUUUUAAAAUAUUGGCAGCUAAUUAUUUUUCUACACUCUGUAGGCCAAUGGGGUCAAACAAACUUGUGAGUGGGGAAAUCUGGCCCAUGGAUAGCAGUUUGCAACCUCUGAUCUAACAUCUUGAAGGCCUUGUCCCUUCAGUCUCAGGACAGCUCCAUCUGGCACCAUUUCUCCCACCAUAGGGCCAAACCCACAGUGUCUGGCCCCACGGAGAAGGCUGUUCCAGGGAGGUUGAGGCAACCUCCCUGAGAGCUGUGAGCUGCGGGAUCACGGGGCUGCCUGCCCCAAACUUGAAGCCUUGUCAGAGUGAAGAAAGCAGAAGCUGAAGAAUCAGACCUGUCAGCAGCUGCUUUGUGGAGCAAGGAUCCAGUGAAGAGACAUUUGUCCCUUCAUCCCUCAUCCCAUGACAACUCUUAACUAUGUUCUGAACCGCGGACCAGCCCCAGGUCUGGGCUCAUUUGAAAACAGGAUGGCAAUAAAACUUUUUAACUUGCUGCAAA